UGUUUAGAUGUUGAUGCCCAAGAAGAACCGAAUUGCCAUCUACGAACUCCUUUUUAAGGAGGGCGUGAUGGUGGCCAAGAAAGAUGUCCACAUGCCGAAGCACCCCGAGCUCGUUGACAAGAAUGUGCCCAACCUCCACGUCAUGAAAGCCAUGCAGUCUCUGAAAUCCCGUGGUUAUGUGAAAGAGCAGUUUGCGUGGAGGCAUUUCUACUGGUAUCUUACCAACGAGGGCAUCCAGUACCUGCGCGAUUACCUUCACCUCCCCCCGGAGAUCGUCCCCGCAACCUUGCGCCGGAGCCGCCCAGAGACUGGCAGACCACGGCCCAAAGGUCUGGAAGGUGAACGCCCUGCGCGUCUUACUCGGGGAGAAGCUGACAGGGAUACGUACAGACGCAGUGCUGUUCCACCUGGUGCUGACAAGAAGGCUGAAGCUGGUGCUGGAGCAGCCACUGAAUUCCAGUUUAGAGGUGGAUUUGGUCGUGGACGUGGUCAGCCUCCUCAGUAGAACUUCCUGCUCAUGUUUUGUGUAUAAUAAAAUAGGUGAAAAUACCA